CCUUGGCGUAACCAUACUGUGUCAUAUAUUUGUACACUUUGGUUAGCAUCGAGCGCAAUAUGUAAUAAGAACAAAACUUGUUAUUAAACUGCUUACGGUUAGAUAAAUUCUGAAUAAAAUAAAUUGUUUAAAACAAGGACAAAGAACGCUAUAUAGUUGUUGAAACUGUCAUAAAUAAAUUGACUUAUACCAGAACACGAUUAUUUCCUAGGAGCGCUGAUUUUAUAAAGAAAUAAUACUUUUGAGCACGUUUGUUUUUUGUGCGAACAUCGGAUAAUUUUGAAUCAAUAACGUUAGAAAUGUCAGAGGAGAAACGUCGCUUGUUAUCUUCGGAAUUCGAACAUUAUACUGACAGUGGUAAAGAAGAGGAGAAUGGCGUAGACAUCGAGAAGGAAUGGCCUGAGCCUGUCAUGUACAAUGCUGCGGAAGCGUCUUCAAGCUGGAGAGAAAGAGAAAAAGCGUUUGUAGAGAAUUUGUCAUUUGAAUAUAACGACAAAAUAAGUGACAAUUCAACAGAAGAAGGACAUAACGUAUCAAAUAACGAGGUACCUUUUGUGAUAAAACUUUUAGUUGUAUUUGCGUGUUUGGUUUCAAUUUUGAUAUCAAUGGGAUUUGGGUACAGUUUAAGCGUUCUAUACGCGCAGUUGAUUCGGGUGUUUGAGGCAGACCGUUCAUUAGUUGCACUUAACCAAAGUUUCUUCGAAGCUUUACUGGCCGUGGGUGGUGCUCUUUGGAGUUUCCCAGUGUCGAAGAUAGGAUAUGGUUACUGUAUUAUUAUUGGCGGUGUCGUCGGCAGUAUUUGUGUGGCGGUUAGUUCUCUAGCAGUAAAUGUGCCAACGAUUAUAAUUCUCGUCGGAAUCAUGUCUGGUGCGUCUUUUGGAAUUGUGUACAUGGGACCAUUCGUCGUCGCCGGAGAUAUUUUUGACAACCAAAAAGCGGCGGUGAUCGGUUUUGUUUCAAUAGGCUCAAGUUUAGGUCAGUUUACCAUGUCUUAUUUUAUGGAACUUUGCAUUGAAGCGUAUAACUGGAAUGGGGCUCUAAUGGUGAUUGGUGCUAUUUGUCUAAACGCCGUUCCAUGUGGAAUGUUGAUGGUCAUUGCUCAACGGUAUUCAUCAAAGGAUGUCACCAACAAAACGUCAGCGUCUGCAAAACAGAGCUUGUUUAAAUUUUCAUUGUUUAAAGAGAAAUUAUUUUGGUUACUAUUAUUGAAUUCUGUGAUUUUAGCAUUCACUGCUCUUGCAGAAAGCCGUUUUAUUGUUGAUCUUGUGGAACUGAAAGGUUUUGAACGCCAAGUCGGCUCGUUUUUCAUAUCUAUGAUUGGCGUUACUAACCUCAUUGGUGGACUAAUGGGAUCCGUGUCAAAGGUCAUGUGUAAAAUUAGUAGUGCAACUCAUAUGGGAUACUGGAUUCUGGUCACGGCCGUGUCACAUGGUCUUGUAGUGUAUGUUGACACGUACGCCGGACUUCUUGCCGCGUCGUUAAUCAACGGGCUAUGUAUAGGUAACAUCUAUGCACACGUAGCCGUUGCUAUGUACGAAAUCUACGGAACGGAAGAUUACGCGCCGUCAUUCGCCACAUGGAAUGUAUUAAAAGGAGUUGGGAAUUUCCUCGGAGGUUACUUCGGCGGGUACACGUCAGAGACAACUGGAAAUUACGAUUUACUGUUCCAAGUGUCAAUUAUUCUAAGUAUAUUUUAUUCGAUUUCAUUUAUUGGAAUCGUUAUUUACAGAAAAUUCAAAGCUAAACAAAAUGGAUACAUUAAAAUAUAACUUGACAAUUCUCUAGCCCAAUUAUUGAAAUGCACAAAAUAGUAUAUAGGUAUUCUUUGCAGAACAAUACCUUAAUUGUGAUACAAUACCUUAAUGUUACUAUAACAUAGUAUUUCAUUAUCAGGGUCAAUCUUAAAUUCAUAUACCAUAGUGCUUCUCUCAGGAGUACACACCAAGACGAAAAAACCAGUAACAUGUUUUGAUAAUUAAUGUUUAAAGGACGUGCUCAUCCUACUUUAUUUGUGUUGCGUAUACAUCCACUGUUUCUUCAUAUUAUUUGUAAGUAUAUUGCAAUACAUAUUGUAUAUUGAAAAUAAAUUUGACAAAAUAUUUUUGGUGAGACUUAUGUUUUUUGGAUUUUAUGUUACGUAAAAGUCAUAUGGCAACUUUCAAGAUUUAAUAAAUCAGAUAUUCCCUCUGUUCAAUAUUUCGUGCCACGCUUUCAUCUAAGUAUAUAAUCAAGCUACAAGGAUUGCUUUCUUGUAUGAAAAAGCGAAGUCUAUGGCAGAAAGACUUACGUAUAAUUUUUGAUAGAAUUGGAAAAUUUAAGCCAUUUUUAAACGUAAAUUUUUUGUAAAUAGGAGCAUUCCUGUAUAAUACGCCUUAAAAUCAUACCAAAUAAAU